AUGGUGGUCACCGUCCGCAGGGACCUCUUUGGGAUGGGCAAAUUGGUUGACCCCAUGGAGCUGGCCUUGGGGCCUGCGGCCUGUCCCCCUUUGAGCCUGGGGGCCGGCGGUGUGGUGGUCUUCGAAGCGGGUCUCCAUGAGUGCGGGAGCGUGGUGCAGAUGACCCCCAACUUCCUGAUCUACCAGACCCAGCUCUCCUACAGGCCUUCGCUGACCAACCAUCCGGUCAUUGCCCGAAGUCGUGGUACCACCAUCGGACUGGAAUGCCGCUAUCCCAGGAAGGAGAACGUGACGAGGAAAGCCCUCCAUCCCACCUGGCUCCCCUUCCAGUCCACAGCCAUGAGGGAAGCCAAGUUGGGGUUCUCCUUGAGGCUGAUGAACGAUGACUGGAUGGCCGAAAGAGUCUCUGGCCGCUUCCUACUGGGUGAGCCCUUGCGCCUCCAGGCCGAUGUCCAAGCGGAGAACCACCUGCCCCUGAGGCUCUGGGUGGACAGCUGCAGAGCCAGCAUGAGCCCCAUGCCAGCCUCCGGGCCCCAGUAUGAGAUUAUGGGCGCCAGUGGAUGCCUACUUGACGGGCGGCAAGAAGGGGUCUCAUCCGCCUUCCUCGCCCCACGGCUGCGCCAGGAGACUCUGCGUUUCACCGUGGAUGCCUUCCGAUUCACCGGAGAGGCCCAGAAACCGAGCCGAGAAUCCAGGGUGGAUGCCAGGCCUAUCACAACCUCAUCGCUGUGCCCAGAUGGCGCCUCCUUUGCCUUGGCGCACACGGAUUUCAUCCAAAUUCAGCCCAAGGAUGGACGCAUCAUUGGCCCUCAACAAGGAAGUUUAGCUGGCAGGGGGGAAUUCUGGGAGUUGAAUCACAUUUACAUCACCUGUCGCCUGAAAGUCACUCCGGGAGACGUGGCGCCAGAUGUUUUGAACAAAGCUUGUUCCUUCGACGCUGCCAGCCGUUCGUGA